AUGACCUGGAGACGAUGGCUCAAUUAUGCAUUCAAAAGAGCGCAUGGAUUGUUUGGAGAAGGUCUCGAAUAUUAUUUUAUUCAUCAAGAUGAUAAAGUUGCGUAUGUCAAAGUCAAUUAUCAAGACAAAGAUUUAUUUUCAUCCGCUAUUGCUACAUAUGUAUCAUCUGAUGAGUUAGUUGGUUAUCCACUUAUAGCGUCAAUAGUCCAAGAAACUUCUAAUCUAAGCAAUCUUGCUGUUUCAGAACAUGAUAAAUUAUGGCUACAAAAAGAAAUUGAAGAACAACAAAAUGACAAUAUUCAUUAA